AUCGAAUUCAUCCAUCCAUCAUUUGUUCAUCUCAGCUCCCCUCCAUAUUUCCAUCACUCCCUCUCGCACCUUCAAUCCUUCGUCAACACGAACUCGUGUGGCGAUUUUCCGGCCAGCAUUGGAAGCUCCGGCCACCGUACCAACAACCUACACAAUCGCUUCUCCACCGUCCACAGAUCUCUGGUAAAUGUUUGCGCCUCUCGAAACCCUAAAAUCGCUUAAAACGGAAUCCUGCGACUCGAUUUUUGCUCCGAUCAACUACUGACGCAACAGAGGUGAAAUGGCUGAUCAUCGAAACGGUGGAAACCAUCCAGCUGCUGUCAGUAAGGGUGCAGGUGGAGCUUCAGGCGGGUACACAAUCGAUGCAAACACUUUACAAAGGCGGCUAAAAACUCUGUAUUCUAAUUGGCGGGAACAACGAGACGAGCUAUGGGGAUCAUGUACCGCAUUCGCUGUAGCUACACCACCACCAUCUGACGAUCUUCGUUAUUUGAAGUCAUCAGCUCUCAAUAUCUGGCUACUCGGUUACGAGUUUCCCGAAACAAUCAUGGUUUUCUCAGAAAAACAGAUCCAUUUCUUAUGCAGCCAGAAAAAAGCAUCACUUCUUGACGUUGUGACAAAGUCGGCUAAAGAAGCUGUAAAUGUAGACGUUGUAAUGCACGUGAAGGCCAAAAACGAUGACGGGUUGACCCAAAUGGAUGCGAUUUUAAACUCCAUUGAGUCUGUUGAUUCUCCGGUUCUUGGGUAUAUAGCAAGAGAGGCUCCUGAAGGGAAGCUUCUAGAAACGUGGACUGAGAAGAUAAAGUCAUCGGGUUUACACCUUAGUGAUGUAACAAACGGAUUAUCCAAUCUUUUCGCUGUUAAGGACUCCGGUGAGCUUACAAACGUGAAAAAGGCUGCUUAUUUAACCGCUUCUGCAAUGAAACAGUUUGUUGUUCCGAAACUCGAGAAGGUAAUCGAUGAAGAAAAGAAAGUGACUCAUUCUUCUUUAAUGGAUGAUACCGAAAAAGCGAUUUUGGAGCCUGCUAGAAUUAAAGUGAAGCUGAAAGCCGAUAACGUUGAUAUCUGUUACCCUCCGAUUUUCCAAAGUGGCGGGAAUUUCGAUCUUAGACCUAGUGCGUCAAGCAACGAUGACCAUUUGUACUACGAUUCGGCUAGUGUGAUUAUCUGUGCUCUCGGGUCCCGUUACAACAGCUACUGCGCGAAUGUAGCAAGAACGUUUCUUAUCGAUUCAAAUACUACACAAAGCAAAGCUUAUCAGGUUCUGUUAAAAGCGCAUGAGGCUGCUGUUGGUGCGGUUAUGCCCGGUAAUAAAGGUAGUGACGUCUACAAGGCUGCACUCGCGGUGGUUCAAAAAGAAGCUCCGGAGUUGACUCCGAAUUUGACUAAAUCAGCUGGGACGGGAAUUGGUCUUGAGUUUCGUGAGUCGGGUUUGAACUUAAAUGAGAAAAACGAACGAGUUAUGAAAAUGGGAAUGGUUUUUAAUGUUUCACUAGGGUUUCAAAACAUGCAGACGAAGAGUAGCAAAGCGAAAAGUCAAAACUAUGCACUCUUGAUUGCUGAUACUGUUAUUGUAACUGCUAGUGGACAUGAAGUGGUGACAGCGUUAAGCUCGAAAGCUUUUAAAGACGUUGCGUAUUCGUUUAACGACGGCGAGGAAGAAGAAGAUGAAAGGCCACAAGUGAAAGUGGAUUCUAAAGUUAACGAAGCUUUGUACUCUAAAGCGACACUAAGGUCAGACAACCAUGAAAUGUCGAAAGAAGAACUUAGAAGACAACAUCAAGCGGAACUCGCACGCCAAAAGAACGAGGAAACCGCACAAAGACUCGCGGGUGGGAAAAGUGCGGCGGGUGAUGGAAGAUCUUCUUCACGAACUUCAAACGAUUUAAUUGCUUACAAGAACAUAAACGACGUUCCGCCACCUAGAGACUUGAUGAUUCAAGUUGACCAAAGGAACGAGGCUAUUCUCAUCCCGUUGUACGGAAGUAUGGUGCCGUUUCAUGUUGCUACUGUUAAAACCGUAUCUAGUCAAGCUGACACUAGCCGAAAUUGCUACAUUCGUAUAAUAUUUAACGUUCCCGGAACACCAUUUUCUUCUCAUGAUCCAAAUGCGUUGAAGAAUCAAACAGAUAUUUUCUUGAAAGAAGUAUCGUUCCGUUCAAAGGACCCCAGGCACAUUAGUGAAAUCGUACAGCAGAUCAAAACGUUAAGACGAAACGUUGUUUCUAGAGAGUCAGAACGAGCGGAGCGGGCGUCAUUGGUUACCCAAGAGAAACUUGUGCUUGCGGGGCAUAAGUUUAAACCGAUAAGGUUAACCGAUCUUUGGAUCCGCCCCACGUUCCCGGGUCGUGGACGGAAGCUUCCGGGUACUCUGGAGGCUCACGACAACGGUUUCCGUUACUCGACAUCUAGAGCAGAUGAACGUGUUGAUAUUCUGUUUGGUAACAUCAAACACGCGUUUUUUCAGGCGGCGGAGAAGGAGAUGAUCACGUUACUUCACUUUCAUCUCCACAACCACAUCAUGGUCGGAAACAAGAAAACGAAAGACGUUCAGUUUUACGUUGAGGUGAUGGAUGUCGUGCAAACGUUAGGCGGUGGAAAGAGAUCUGCGUAUGACCCGGAUGAGAUCGAGGAAGAACAACGAGAACGGGACCGUAAAAACAAGAUCAAUAUGGAUUUUCAGAACUUUGUUAACCGUGUUAACGAUCUUUGGGGACAACCGAAAUUUAAGAGUCUUGAUCUUGAGUUUGACCAGCCGUUAAGAGAACUCGGCUUUCACGGGGUUCCACAUAAAGCUUCCGCUUUCAUCGUUCCGACUUCAAGCUGUUUGGUUGAACUUAUCGAAACUCCGUUUCUCGUGGUCACUUUGAGUGAGAUUGAAAUCGUGAACCUCGAACGUGUCGGUCUUGGACAAAAGAAUUUUGACAUGGCGAUUGUGUUUAAGGAUUUUAAACGUGACGUGCUUCGGAUCGAUUCGAUUCCGUCCUCGUCGCUCGACGGGAUUAAAGAAUGGCUCGACACGACCGACAUUAAAUACUAUGAAAGCAGGCUGAACAUGAACUGGCGGGCCAUAUUGAAAACAAUCACCGAUGACCCGCAAAACUUCAUUGACGAAGGCGGAUGGGAGUUUCUGAAUUUGGAAGCUAGUGAUUCCGACUCUGAUGCUUCACAAGAGUCUGAUCAGGGUUACGAGCCGUCAGAUGUGGAGCCGGAGUCUGAGUCGGAAGAUGACGGGUCUGAGAGCGCUUCGUUGGUGGAGUCUGAUGAUGACGAGGAAGAUGGGUCGGAGGAAGACGGGUCGGAGGAAGAAGAAGGGAAGACGUGGGAAGAGUUGGAGCGGGAAGCAAGCAAUGCAGAUAAGGAGAAAGGUGUGGAGUCGGAUAGUGAAGAGGAACGGAAACGUAGGAAGAUGAAGGCUUUUGGCAAGUCGCGUGCGGGUCCCAGCAGCAGCGCGCCCAAGCGCCCGAAGUUCAGAAGGUGAAAUUUGAAGUUACAGUAGUGGAAUUGUGUUGCUAGGAAUCUGUUUUGUGAACUUGUUAGUUGAAUCUGGUAUGACUUAUAUGCAAACCACUCUUUGUUUUUAUUUUUAAAAUGGUUUGUCUAUUAAUAUAUCGGGCUGAAGCCAAACCGUUCUGUCGCCCAA